AUUACCAUGUGUGAAAGCGAAUACGGCUCCUCAACUGGGCCAAACACAAAUUUAGAGCCCUUACUCUCUGUAUCAUCUUAUGUAUGACCCUUACGCCAGCACGGGUCCCUCUCUCUUUCUAUUCCUCGACCGGACAGUGAGCAGACAUGUCUCAUCGCAAAUUUCACGCACCCCGCCAUGGACACAUGGGGUUCCUGCCUCACAAGCGUAGCAGCAAGCACAGGGGCAGGGUGCGCACGUGGCCCAAAGAUGACCCCAGCCUGCCCGUCCACCUCACUGCCUUCAUGGGAUACAAGGCCGGCAUGACUCAUACUCUGAGGGAGAUGCACCGCACCGGCCUCAAGCAAGCAAAGCGAGAAGAAGUCGAGGCGGUUACCAUCAUUGAAACUCCUCCGAUCAUUGUGAUCGGGGUGGUGGGAUACAUUAACACCGUCCGCGGCCUGCGUUCCCUCAAAACCAUCUUCGCUGAGCAUCUCAGUGACGAGUGCAGGCGCAGAUUUUAUAAAAACUGGUUCAAGGGCAAGAAGAAGGCCUUCACCAAGUACAGUAAGAAGUGGCAGGAUGAGACGGGAAAGAAACAGCUGGACAAGGAUUUCUCUCAGAUGAAGAAAUAUUGUUCAGCAAUCAGGGUUCUUGUUCACUCUCAGAUGCGACUGCUGCCCAUAGCGCAGAAAAAGGCCCACAUCAUGGAGAUACAGCUCAACGGGGGAAGCAUCUCGGACAAGGUGGACUGGGCUAAGGAGCACAUGGAGCAAGCUGUGCCCAUCUCUACCGUUUUCUACCAGGACGAGAUGAUCGACGUCAUUGGAGUCACUAAGGGUCACGGCUUUAAAGGUGUGACGAGUCGCUGGCGCACAAAGAAGCUUCCCAGGAAGACUCACAAAGGUCUGAGGAAGGUGGCCUGUAUUGGAGCCUGGCAUCCGGCCCGCGUGUCGUACACUAUAGCUCGGGCCGGUCAGAAGGGCUUCCACCACCGCACCGAGCUCAACAAGAAGAUCUACCUUAUCGGUAAGGGUGUGCACAUCCGGGAUGGAAAGGUGAUCCGGAACAACGCCUCCACAAGCUACGACACCACCCAGAAGAGCAUCACGCCCAUGGGAGGCUUCCCCCACUAUGGUGACGUGAACAAUGACUUUAUCAUGCUGAAGGGCUGCGUGAUCGGGCCUAGGAAACGUGUCCUCACCCUCAGAAAGUCUUUGCUCGUGCACACAUCUCGCAAGUCCAAGGAGACCAUCGAGCUCAAGUUCAUCGACACCACUUCCAAAUUUGGUCACGGCCGCUUCCAGACUGCCCAGGAGAAGAGGGCAUUUAUGGGGCCGGUGAAGAAGGACGCCCUGAAAACACUGCCCGAGCCUCUGAUUGAGGAGGCCUGAAUCAAUCAUCAUAUCUCAAUUCUUAUACAGUAAUAAAACUACGUUUCAAAUACA